UUUGGCCUCCUGCUCGGUGUGUUUGUGGUCUGCGGCCUGGCUCUGCUGGGCCUCCUCACAUUCGUCUCCUGGAAGCUUUGCUGGGUGCCUUGGCGGACUAAGUCCCACUUCCCCAGUCCGUCGCUCACCCCGGCCUGCGGCCCGCAGCACUGCCCUCUCCCGCCGCCUCCCCCGUCGCCCAGCUCCCAGCAGCCGCCAGUCACCAUGGCGACAGAGAAGGUGAAGGACCCCGUGGGCUCAAUGGGUUUCCUGGAGGCUGCAGUGAAGAUAAGCCAUACAUCUCCUGACAUCCCCACUGAUGUGCAGCUCUCCAUGAGGGAGCACUUCCUGCGCCGCACGCAACGCAUGCAGAGACAAACCACUGAGCCAACUUCCUCCACUCGGCACAAUUCAUUCAAAAGACACCUGCCCAGGCAGAUGCAGGUAGGAAGUUUCGACAUGGGAAAUGACUUCAUGUUGGACAAAGAAGAAAAGCCCACCAGCAUCGGCCGCAUCCAGCCAGAGCUCUACCAACAGAAGACCCAGGAAUCGGAGGAAUCGUCCAAGAACGGCAGCAGCAAAAACUGUGGCAGGAUUAACUUCUCUCUCAAGUACGACUACGAAAACGAGGCCCUCUUAGUCAACAUCAUCAAGGCAGUGGACCUGCCCGCCAAGGACUUGUGCGGCACAUCUGACCCUUACGUGAAGGUCUACCUUCUCCCUGAUCGCAAGAAGUUCCAGACCCGCGUCCACCGGAAAACACUCAACCCCACAUUCAGCGAAAGCUUCCAGUUCCCUGUGCCUUACGAUGAGCUGGCGGUCAGGAAGCUGCACAUGAGCGUCUUUGACUUUGACCGGUUUUCCCGGCACGAUAUGAUCGGGGAGGUGGUGCUGGACAACUUGUUUGAGACGUCAGACCUCUCCAGGGAGACAAACAUAUGGAGGGACAUCCAAUACGCCACCAGUGAAAGCGUUGACCUUGGAGAGAUCAUGUUUUCACUGUGCUACCUGCCGACCGCCGGCAGACUCACACUGACCGUCAUCAAGUGCAGGAACCUCAAGGCCAUGGACAUCACUGGAUAUUCAGAUCCGUACGUCAAAGUGUCGCUCAUAUGCGACGGGAGACGUUUGAAAAAGAAGAAGACGAGCAUUAAGAAGAACACUCUGAACCCCACCUACAACGAGGCCAUCAUCUUCGACAUCCCGCCCGACAGCAUGGACCACGUCAGCCUGCACAUCUCCGUCAUGGACUACGAUUUGGUAGGUCAUAAUGAGAUCAUUGGUGUGAUGCGGGUUGGGUGCAGCGCCGAGGGGCUCAGCAGGGACCACUGGAACGAAAUGCUGGCUUAUCCACGCAAGCCCAUUGCACACUGGCACCCCCUGCUGGAGUCUAAGAAAUCCGAGAAGGAGUGGAAGGCGAGGACGGCCAGCUUCGACAGCCAGGGCUCCUGCCCCUCGCCCCGGCCCCCCGCCAGCCCCUGAGCAGAGCCACCUGUGACCCGGCAGCCCAGAAGGGGGUUUCCUCCCUCCUGCUGAUCCACGUCCUGUCUGUCUGAUUGAGGAGAAACACAACCCCUCUGUCUCUUUCCCUCUCUCUCCUUCUCUGUCCUCCGUCCUUCGAGUCUAGUCCCAGAGCACUCUCCCCAGAACUGAUCUAGGACCACCGUCAGUCGACUAGUUGUGUGAAGCACUUCGUCUUUUCAGGUUUUAGGGUCUCUGAUUUGCGACGUGGGUCUUGCGUUGACCCGUGUCGUCCUCAGAAGAGCCUGGCUGGACAUUUAAUAUUGAGCUGUCCAGGGCCGAGCAGAUCUCAGAGACUUUCCAAACGCUGACUGUUUGGCUGCAGAGACUCUUUGAUGGAAAAAAGCCCAGCUGGGUAUCGCUCGCUGGGAGCAGCAGGGAGGCUGAGGACACGUUCGGGGUUGAAGGACAGACUUCAAAACUCCGCAGCUCUCUCACGUCGAAUUUUCCAGAGCUGAAUUAGCAUAAAACAAUUCCGAACUGUAGCAUUUUGGAACCAUUAGAUGUAAAAACCGCUCCGUCAGGCAUCGUUUGUGAAUAACAUAAGUGAGGUGAUUUUCAGAGCUCCAGCUGAGCUUCCAGUCUCUUCAGCGACUCGAGCGAUUAGCUGAUCUCCGUCGUAUCGAGGCCCAAAGGAAAACAUUCUCGAACUUGGCGAUUUAGAAGCUUUUACGCGAGCGGCCGUGACGAAACAGUUUUGCAGAAUGAAUAAGAAGAAGAAAGAAAAACAGGAUCAUUGGUUUUUUUUUUUUCUAAACAACUGCAGUGUUGUUUUUCUGAUUUCAGCUUUUGUCAGUUCACAAUGUUAGAAGGUUGAAUUCCCUGUUAAAGGCACAAAUAGCUCAUCGUAUAUAACUAGAAGCUGAAAAGACAAGAUUUUAAAAGAGAUGGUGGGAAAAGCUUUUCUGUGAACAGGGACAUUGUGAGCACACGUUACACACCUUUACCUCUCCUCCGUUUUUUUGACGUUCGCUUUAGAGCAAUCUCACCCUUUUCUUCCAAUAAAAACUCACUCAAACACUCAUCCGUCAGACAAACUCUCCUCGAAAGCACCUUUUUUCAUCUUUUUCUGAACCGGUGGAUGUGGAUAGUUUCAUGUGCAGCCUCGUCUGCCGGUUUCCUUUUGUUCCAUACAGAAAAAGAAGCGAUGAUGGGUAUAGAUU